AGGCAAAAAUAUUCCUUCCAUAAAUUUAAGUGUGGCAAUGCCAUACUAUAUCUCGAGUUUGUUUCGGCUGCGGUAGUGAUUCCUUCGUUUGGCGAUUUUCGCGCAAACGGUUUCCGUAAAUUUCGCGUAAACAUGCUAAAAAUUUAUAUAAAUUUUUAAUUGGAAAUUAUAGAAUGCCUCCGCAGUCGGUGUUGAAUGUUUUAUUAAUAUUCAAUUAGUGAAAAUCACGUGACCAAUUUAUUGCAAGACAUAAUUGGCGCAGUGGCGACCAAAUUUUUUUUUCCAAUCAGAAGUGGCAGGUAGGCAGUAAUCGUUUCUGCUGUGAAUGUGAAAAGUAUAAAGUGUGAUAAAGCAUUGGAGAACGAAAAAAUAUUGCAAUAAUAAUAAUCGGUCAAAGUGUAAGGAAUCGGAAUACACGAUUAAUAAUAUUUUCAUCACCAUUCACUGCAUUUGUAUUCAGUUGUUGAUUUAUUAAUGAAAAUUAGUGUGUGAGAAAUGCAAAAUUUGGGAAUCACUUGAAACAGUCUAAAUGCAAUUAACCUACUCGUUGCCACUUUUUGAGCCGCCUCCCUCUUUGGUGGAGCGCUGCUUAUUCCAACUUCUCAUUGUUAACACAUGUCAACAGCAGUACUUUAAAAGCAGUACCAAAUCCAUAAACACCUUUAGUUGUACCAUCAACCUUUGUAAGAAGCAAGUGCUACGAUAUCGGUCUAUAAAAAAUUAGAGAAUAUUAAAAAAUUCUUUGAGUGAAGUUAUUUGUGCGACAACGCGCUGUUAAAUAAUUGCUAAGGAUUUAACAAUUAGACAUUUUUAACAAUAUCGGACAAAAAAGGAACAAAUAUAAACACAAAAUGUCGGAAUUGCGUCGACGAAGGCACCAAACUCAACUGACACUAGCCUCUUUGGUUUUAGCAUCGACUCCAUCAGCGCAGCAACGGAAAAAGCCACCAGUUUUGUGGUCACUAUCUCUUAUAAUGGUUUCUUCAAUUUUUUUGUUGUUGCUCCCAAUGAGACCAACCGAUGCCACACCCAUUGAAAUAGUGUUUAAUACCACACGCAAUUCGCCAAAUGUGGACACCACAGUAAGCAAGUGGAUGUCUCCUAAUGGUAAUGUAAAUAAUAAUGCUGCUAAUGGAAGUGUUCGUAAAGGAACCGUUCGUCAUCAAGAGAAUACGUUAGUAGCUACAGUGCCAUCAUCUGCAUCGAUAUCGGCAACAGCUGGUCGAAUGGAUAUGGGUAACAACAAUUCAAAGCACGAUGAUACAUUGCCCAUAGUGUUAGUGUCGCAACAGACCACUUUAUCAACGCCGUUGUUGCACCAGCUUAGCGGACACAACAGUAACAGUAAUAAGCGAGAGAGGCCGCUGAAAUGUCAUUGUGACAUUUGUAAGGACACGAAUUUCAUAUGUGAAACGGACGGCUAUUGCUUUACGUCAGUGGUGAAGGAUGAAGACGAAACCAUAUUUAGCUACAGGUGCCUAGAAAAGAAGUAUGAUCUGCAGCGUGAACCGCUCGAAUGCCUGACUAGCCGUGAGAAAAAGAACGUCUAUAUAGUUCAAUGUUGUAGUGUCGACUUCUGCAAUAAAAAUGAACUAUUGAAAUUGAGUUUUGGGACAGAAUUCUUGCCUGAAGAGCCGCUAAACGCCUGGGUUUUGGUCGUGAUCAUUUUUGGCGCCACGCUCUUCAUCUGUGUAUCGGUACUUUUGUCGCUAUGCUUCUGGCAGCGGCGCAAACGCCAUAUGAAUGGACGCACCUUCCCGCCAGACGAUUCUGUAUGCGAUCCCAUUCUGAAUGGCAACACUAUACAGGACAUAAUCGAGAUGACAACAUCGGGUUCCGGAUCGGCCGGUUUGCCGCUAUUGGUGCAACGCUCCAUUGCACGCCAAAUACAACUCUGCCAUGUUAUUGGUAAGGGUCGCUUCGGUGAAGUAUGGCGUGGUCGCUGGCGUGGCGAAAAUGUCGCCGUAAAGAUCUUCUCCAGUCGCGAGGAGUGCUCUUGGUUUAGGGAAGCUGAAAUUUAUCAGACUGUGAUGUUGCGUCACGAGAAUAUUUUAGGUUUCAUAGCUGCCGAUAACAAGGAUAAUGGCACUUGGACCCAACUUUGGUUGGUCACUGACUACCAUGAAAACGGUUCAUUAUUCGAUUACCUCACCACGCAUACAGUGGAUACGAAAACUAUGCUCAAUAUGGCGCUCUCCAUCGCCACCGGACUGGCACAUUUACAUAUGGAUAUUGUGGGUACACGUGGCAAGCCAGCAAUAGCACAUCGUGACCUCAAAUCGAAAAAUAUUCUUGUCAAAUCCAAUCUCAGCUGUGCGAUAGGCGAUCUCGGCUUGGCUGUGCGUCAUGUAGAAAAGAAUGAUUCCGUCGAUAUACCCUCCACACAUCGUGUGGGCACCAAACGUUAUAUGGCACCCGAAGUGCUGGACGAAAGCAUGAAUGCACAGCAUUUCGAUUCGUAUAAGCGUGCCGAUGUGUAUGCUUUCGGUUUGAUAUUGUGGGAGAUUGCGCGUCGUUGCAACAUCGGCAUGAUAUACGAUGAAUAUCAAUUGCCAUAUUUUGAUGUUGUACAACCUGAUCCUAGUAUUGAGGAGAUGAAGAAGGUGGUUUGCAUUGAUAAAAUGCGUCCGAACAUACCGAAUCGUUGGCAUGCCUCCGAUGUGCUGCACGGCAUGGCGAAAGUGAUGAAAGAGUGCUGGUAUCCUAAUCCGGUGGCGCGUCUUACGGCGUUGCGUAUAAAAAAGACUCUGGCCAAUAUAACGGUCGAGGAUAAAGUGAAGAACUGAUUGUAGUUGUAGUGUGCAGCCAUUUUGGCGUGAAACUAACGGAUAUAAAUUGUACUAUUUAAAUGAUGGGGAAGGCUGUAGCCAAGCAUCACAUAUAUUUUAGAGUGGUGCUGAGCGCAAAAUUCACCUUCUCUACCUCCCUUUUCUGUUUACUUUUCUGCCAAGUUUGUUGAGAAAAUACUCAAUGUGCGGAAAAGUAAUGGAAAAAUUACCUAAAGAGAAGAGCAUACCUUAAAAUACCUAAUAAUUAACAACAAAAAAAAAAAAAAAAAAAAACGAAAAAAAACAACAAAAAACACAAGAAAAGAGAUAUGGUAAACAGAGAAAUUUAUAAAGCUGUUAUAAUUGAUGCAGAGCAUUCUAUUAAAGCACUAAAAGUUGUAUUUGUAAUUUUAAACUAUAAUUUGUAAUAACAUGUGUAAAUGCGAACUUACGUAACGUAAUGUAAUGUAAAAUGUGUACUAGACAUAAGAGAGCGAGCGAGGAGCGCAGGCCACAGCAACACAUGUUUGAAACUAAUUGAGAGCAGCAGCUUGGUAAAAACACAAAAUAAUUGAUAAUAUUUAAAAUUAUUUUGAAAUAAGUUAUGAAAUAUGUGUUUAUGUGUGUGUGUGUGGCUGCCUGUGCAUGCAUGUGUGUGAAUAAUAAGUUAGUUAGAGAAAGGAGAAAAAAGUGAAGUCUGAGGAAACGUUGUGAAUGUAUGUGUGCUGAUAAAGAAAUAGCUGUAAAUAUUUUGGAAAUGUACACAGUCCUGAGAUUUUCCUAUGGCAGCUGCUAAUUUAGAAUUACAAGCUUACGCAUAAUUAAAAAAAUUUUUUUUUGAUAAUUGAAAUUUUUUUGGUAAUUAAAAUUUUUUUUUGAUUAUUAAAAAUUUUUUGAAUAAUUUUUGAAUGCUGAAACGAAUUCGUUUACAUUUCGGAAGGUCGCUUAAAAGCGGUAACUAAGCAAAUAUUGUGUAAACGUAAGGAGAGAGCGAAAAUGCUUGUAGUUGAGAAUGCCGGUAAUUUAUAAGAGUUUCGAAAAAAGCUGGAAUAUUAAAAAUAUUUUAUUUAUUUAUUAUUAUUAUUAUAUUUUAAAUGCGUUAAACAUUUAACAAUAGUUUUCAAACAAAUUUGAGUACAGAAAUUUCAACAGAAUAAUAAAAAUUUACUGUAAUUAUGAAUACAUACAUAUUUGUAUGUCAUAAGGUAACAGUUUCCAAUAUUUUUUUUUUUUUUUUAAUAAUACUACAAAAAGUUCAUAUUUGUUUAUCUUUUAAGAAAUUUAUUCCAAAAAAAUUAAAACAUCAACAAACUCUUACGAGCGUCUCCACUAAUUGAAAAGCAUACAGAACUGCCAUCAAUUAAGCAAUUUAAAUAAGCUCAUUUGCAUUUGUAAGCAUAAUUAAAGCAUGUAUACAUAUGUAUGUAUGUAAGUGCUCAUAACGGCAGUUGCAGCAAAUUAACGUUUAGACAGCGAACACAUCUAGCAACAACUAUACACACAAACAAACAAACAAACAAACAAAAAAAGACUCUGACUAAAGACUGAUACAUAGCAACAGUUACAGUGAAAAUCGCCAUACCGUUAAUUAGUAACCUUUUUAGAGCAAUUUUGGGAGCUAAAUACAAUGUAAUAAUAUUGAUAAUAAUAUUAUAUUUUAUUUAAACUUUUACAAAAAAGUUGUUUUCCUUUUUAGUUCUUUCUUUCCUACUUCUCUACUCAACUCAUUUCGUACUCGCAUUAAGAUUUUGCCAUUUUUAGAACAUAAUAUUAAGACAAAAAAAGUAAAGUUUAAAAACAAAAAAAAAAGCAAAAACAAAAGGAACCAAACAUGCAUAAUGUAAAAACUACUAUAUAAAGACACUUUUUAAAUAAUGAAAACCAAAAGAACUCAGGAAUUGCCAGUCGUAAUGUAUGUAAAUAAUAUAAAAAAUAUCACUUGUUGACUCGAUAUGUGCUUUGUUGAUGUGUGCGAAAACUUGCAGCAGAACCACCUACACGAAAAAAAUUAAACACCGCUAAAUUGGCAUUUCUUGCUUUUUCCUUACGUUUGCAAAAAACAAGUAAAUGCUAUUAUCAAUAUUUCGUUUUUGUUUCUUUUUCACUAAAUACACAAAUAUAUCGUUAUAAGUUUGUAUAUUUUAUUUUCAAUGUAAAUAUACCGUUACUUAUGCGCAAAAAAUAAUUUUCCAAAUUGUGUGUAGUGGUUGACCAACGAAAUUUUAAUCAAAAGAGUUUAUAUAAGUGCAGAGUCCUUUAAUGUUUUUUUUUUUUUAAAUUAUUUUUCAAUGAAUUGGAAUGUUUUCCUAUCGAGACAAUAUUAGGCUGUCAUUUUGUUGUAUGUAGAAUAUAUAAUUGUUUUUAUUUUAUUAACUUUUUUUUUAAAUUUUUUAAUUAAAUUUUUUUAGAUAUUUGAUUUUUCUUUUAGAUUUUUAAUUGAAUUCUUUUUAGUUUUUGUUUUUGAAUUUACUUAAUUUUUUUUAUUUUAUUUUUGAAUUUAUUUAAUUUUUUUUAUUUUAUUUUUUUUUUAUUAAAUUUUUUUUAUUUUAUUUUUCUUUUUAAAUGUACCACCUUUAAUUAAAAUAUUUCAUAAAUACCGUAAACUUUGAAUUAAUUAUAUUUUUUUAAUUGUUUUUUUCUUUAGAUUUUUUAAUAUACUUAAAUUUUUUUUAAUUUUUUUAGAUUUUUAUGUUUUUUAUAAAUUAUAAUUUAGUGUUUUUUUGUAAUAUUUUUUAAGGUUUUUUAAAUUCUUUAUAUUUUUCUGUUUCACUGAACCACUUUUAAUUAGAAUAUUUCCUCCGUUCUAAUAACAAUGAAGUCUACAAAAGCGGCAGUGUCUCCAUUAUAAUCACGGUAGCAUCAACAUGUCCCUAAACAAUUUAAGAAGUAAUAUAUUUUCCUAUAACAAAAACAAUAGUCAAAUAUAACUUCCUUUUUUUCUUCUAAAAUACACAUUGACUUUUUUGAAAAGCAGCCACAGUUAGAAAAACAGUUUAAAAAUCCGUCUUUCUCAAUAUAAAGAAAUUAAAAAUAGUAAUUUCAAUCCAUUUGACACAUUUUUGUUGUAAUAACAUGAGUUAUACAAGUUUUCUCCUAUUUUCAAAGAAGUGAUUAACUAACAACUAUUUUUGGCUUCUUCAACUUAUAUAAACUUUGUUGUACGAAAAAGGCAACAACUAUUAAUAUUAUAUUUGUUUACUUGACUUAACAAAAUGGCUGACAUAGCUAUUAAAUAAAUUAUGUUUGAAGUUUUGGUAAAUAAUCAAGUUAUGAUGCUAACUAAAGUACGAGGAAAAUUGUAACACUCACACAAAAAUAUCGAAUACAUUGCAAGAUUGUAGCAAAAAGAUGCUAACAGAAUAAACAAUUCACUUUAUUUCCCUUUGUGUUGAAUUAUGUAAUACAAAAAAAAAAUUGAUUCAAAGCGUCACGCUUAUUUUUUUAAACUCAAAUUUCUAACCGUUGUAAUUUUUUUAAUUUAAUUACAUAAUUGCAGAAUUUAAAUAACUUUGUAAGCUGCUAAAAUUUGUGCACAAGUUUGCCAUAACGCGUUUGGUAUUAAAUUCCUUACAUAAACUUUGAAAAAAUAAAUAAAAAAAGUCAUGAGUGAGUAUAUUUAUUUAGGGCUUAACGAUUAUUGUUAAUACUUUUUCGGGCUACAAAUUAACGAAAAUUUAAUUAAUUAUAAAAAUUGUGCUAAGAACUUAUGCUCCUAUAAGAUUUAGAUGUGCUAACAAUUAAAAAUUUGUAUCCUAUCCUAAAAUGCAAAUCAACUCUUUUGGACAAAGUAGCUUAGAACGAGCAAAAAUAAGUAAAGAAAAUCAUUUGAAUUGAAGAAUAAAACUAUUUUAUUGUGUAAAAAUCAUCAUCCUGUUAAAUUUAAGUAUGUUGUUAUUAAUUUGUAUUCCUAAAUUUAAUUCCUUAUCAUUUACUUAUGUUUAAGCUAUUAAUUUAAGUAUCAUUGCUAUUAAUGAAUAACUAACUGUAAAUAGUGUUUGUAUAAAAAAUUACAUAUGUAAGUUUAAUUAAUUAUAUUAUGUAGUUAUGUAUUUAAGUCUGCCUUUUUGCGCUUAUCUGUGAGUUUGUUGUUAACCUAUAAUUACUGCAUGUAUGUGUAUGCACUUAGUGUUUUUGUAAUGUAUUUUGUUUUAUAAAAUUUGUAUGUUUUCUAAAAACGACACAACGCUGUAAAUGUAACACAAUUUCUGCUAAAUUAAAACAAAUCAUAAUAAUAAAAAUAAAAAAUAAUAAUACAAAUGUAAAAAAUACUAACAAAUAUAUACAAAACAAAAAAAUAAAUAAUAACAAUGAAAUAAUAAUAAAAAAUAAUAAUAAUAAAAUAAAAAAUAAUAAUAAAAAAUAAUAAUAAUAAAAUAAAUAAUAACAAAACUAAUAUUUCCGAUAAAUAAAUAAAAAAACUAAUGAAAUAAAUAAUAAUAAAAAAAUUAAUAACAAUGAAAUUAGUUAUUAUAAUGAAAAUAAUAAUUAUAAUGAAAAUAAUAAUUAUAAUGAAACUAAUAAUAAUAAUGAAAAAAAUAUUUCUAAUAAUUAUUACUUUCUUAAUAACAACAAUAAAGUGUGUCUAUGUGUUCUUAACAUUCAAAAAAUUGCUAAUAAGCAUUAAUUUUGUUAAAAUAUGUUUUCUCUUUUGUUAAGGAAUAUUAUCAAAACACCUAAUAAUAAUAUUUUUUGUUGAUUUUUUCUUUAAGCAAAUAUUUAUAACUUUUUAAACAUAUGUAUAUUCUUUUCUUAAAUAUUGAUAUUUAACUGCGCAAAGUUCAUUAAACUGUUUUUAUUGUUAAUAUUUAUGUAUGUAUAUGUAUGUAAUUGCUGCACUGUAUUAAGAAAUAUUGUGAAUAAAUUGGAAAUUUAAGAAAGAAGUAAAGUAAAAACAUAAACUUAUGAAAUCAAAAGAUAAAAAUUAAAUUUUUUAACAACUAAUAUUAAAAAAAACGCUUAUUUUCAAUUUCUUUUUUAAUUUUCAACUAUUGUUUUGUAAUUUUCAACUUUCCAAUUUUUUUUUUUUUUGUAAAUUCUCUGUUUUAUUAAAAGUUCUAUUAAAAAGUAACGUGAAAUAAUAUGGUUGUUAGAACUCAAACUGCUAAACUGCAUUUUUAUUGAUCACAUAAUAUAAGUAAUUUUUUAAUAUUUCUACUAUAUUGAUAAAGAAAAAUACAUAUAUAUAUAUUAUAUAAAUUAUAAAUUAAUUAAAUUACAGACAUAAAUUUUUUGUAAUGUAAAUACUACAAAUGUAAAAGCUAAAUAUAAAAUAACCAAUUAUUUCCGUUAAAAACAAAAUGGUGGGUCAUAUUUGCACAGCAAAAACCAAAAGGAAAAAUGUACGCUGUAAAGUACCAUGCAUUGAAAAACUAUUAUAAAUUGAUAAUAACAUAAAUUAUGUGCGCUAAAUAUGGAAAACUAAAAGAAUUGUAAGCAAAUGAAACAUAUACGAAAAUUAUAAUAAAAAAGAGUCUAAUGUUAGUGUUAAGUGGCGUUUUUACUGGCACUUUAAAUAAAAUAAAAAAAUAAAAU